AUGCGAUUCAAUUUGAUUUCACACAGUGAUGUAAAAAGGAGUCUCUGUCCUUUCCUAACAGAUACAAAACCAGACAUUACAGUCCAUUUUGAUGGGUACUUCACCAUCAUCUGUUUGAUUCCUGGAUCCGUCAGUCCUGACACCACCUGUAACCUGUAUGUUGGAGAGGAGAGUCAGCCAUCCUUCACAGCAAAGACCAAGAAGAGACAAUCCACCUCAGCACCCAGACAGGAGUUCUGUCAAUUCACUCCAAAUCAUAGUGAUCUGAUCAGUGGUCUACAGUCAGUGAGGAGUAAGGAGGUGAGCUGUGACUACAGAGUGAGCUCUGGACCAAACUCUCUCUCUCCACGCAGUGAUGGGUACAGCUUUACAGAUCUGGUGGGAGUUCACAUCAGUGAUCCAACAACUGUACAGACACCUUCUAUAGCAGUGGGUUUGACUCCAGGUCCUAGAUCUACUUUGCCUCCCAGCAAGACAGUGAGUCCUACAGAAGUUUCAACUGUUACUUCUACCUUUACCCCAGAAACCACAGUGACACCAACUACCAGGUCGACUGUUUGCUGUACUUUGACCACUGACACCCCAGCGAGUCCAACUGAAAGAGGUCAAAGCUCAACAGAAAGUGAUGUGGAAUCAAACAGUAAAGAAAGCAUUCUGUUGGGGCAAUUAUGGCAGGCAGCAGUGGCUUCUGGAGUGGGCGUGUUCCUGGUAGGAUUGACAGCUGUCUGUCUCUGCAGGAGGACCAAGAAAACCAAUUCUCAGAGACCUACAUCCAGACAGGAUGAUCACAGACAAUAUGAUUUGGUGUCUAUGGGAGCGGUGAGCAGCGGAGUCAUGGUGGAUUCAGGAGAUGCCAGAAUCGAUUCUCAGGUCACUUCUGUACUGUCCACGUUCAUGCCCUCAGGUAACGUUGAUGUGGAUACACAGGCAUUUGCAAAUGAACAUUCUGACACUUACCAUGUAUACAGCUCAAUCCCCGACAGACCAGCAACCUCAGCCCAGCCGGAUGGGUUGUACAGUCUUCUGUAGACACACUGAAACUACACCACUGGCUCUCUGUAGCUAUGUCUCACACAAAUACAUUCUUUCUCACAUGAUAUCCUUUGUUUAUCACACAUCCAGUUACUGUAAAUAAGUUGCUUAACAGGUAAUAUAUCUACUGUAUUACACAUAGACAACUGGUUUCUGCUACAUGUCUAUCCAUAAUAUCUGUUACUGUGUUCAUAUUUUUAUUUUGGGGUUUUUGGAGGGGUCCGGGGCAUACUCUCCUUUGAGCAUUUUUCUUAUUUCUUUUCCCUAGUAAAUGCUGAAUCUACUGUA